GGUGGAGGCAUGUGGACGAUGAGUAUGGCUUGGCUCUGUCUCCCAGCCUACGCUCUCCUCCUUGUUGCCUAUUCUCAUACAGCUGUCACAGAAAAUGACGUCACCCCUCGCCUCACCUUCUCCUACAAUGCAAAAGAGAGAACAAGCAGAAGAUUCUCAGUCAGCGGGGUCCUCAACUUCACCUCCCUGCUCCUCAGCAGUGAAGACAGCAUGCUGUAUGUGGGCGCCCGGGAGAUCCUCUUUGCUCUCAACCUCUCUGAUAUCAGCACAGCCAAACUACAGAGGAGUCUCACAUGGAAAACUCCAGAGACGAAGAGAGAGGAGUGCAGUUUCAAAGGCAAAGAUCUCCAGAAGGAUUGUUUCAACUACAUCAAGAUUUUGCUCCGUAUGAACAGCACUCACCUGUAUGUGUGUGGAACGUAUGCCUUCAGCCCGCUCUGUGCCUACAUCAACGCCUCAGACUUCUCCUUUGCCAAAAACGAUGCUGGUGAGAUUUUGACAGAGGACGGACGCAGCCGCUGCCCAUUCAACCCUGAGUACAAGUCGACCGCCAUCAUGGCUGACGGAGAGCUGUAUGCCGGCACUGUCAGUAAUUUCCAAGGGAACGAACCCAUCAUUUACAAGAGUCUGAGCCAAGGCACCUCUUUGAAAACGGAGAACUCACUCAACUGGCUUCAAGACCCGGCCUUUGUUGGCUCUGCUUACAUACAGGAGAGCCUGCCCAAGGGCAACCUCAUGGGCGACGACGAUAAGAUUUACUUCUUCUUCAGCGAAGCAGGAAAGGAGUUUGAUUUCUUUGACAACACCGUUGUGUCACGCAUCGCACGUGUGUGUAAGGGUGACGUCGGAGGUGAGAGAGUGCUGCAGAAGAAGUGGACCACUUUCCUGAAGGCUCAGCUCUUGUGCUCUCUGCCCGAUGAUGGCUUCCCCUUCAACAUAAUCCAAGACAUGUUUGUGCUCACGCCGAGCCCCGAGGACUGGAAGAGCACGGUGUUUUAUGGAGUCUUCACGUCUCAGUGGUACAAAGGUGCAUCAGGGAGCUCUGCAGUGUGCGCCUUCACCAUGGACCAGGUGGAAAAGGCCUUUAACGGGCGGUACCGGGAGGUCAACAGAGAGACCCAGCAGUGGUACACGUACAACCAUCCGGUCCCAGAGCCUCGGCCCGGAGCUUGCAUCACAAAUGCUGCCAGAGAUCAGGGCAUCUCCUCCUCGCUGCACAUGCCAGACAAGGUUCUGAAUUUUGUCAAAGACCACUUCCUGAUGGACAGUGUGAUUCGCAGCCAGCCUCUCCUUCUGAAACGUAACGUGCGCUACACGCAGAUCGCCGUCCAUCGAGUUCAGACGACCAAAAAGGUUUUUAGUGUGCUUUUCAUUGGCACAGACGAUGGGAGACUCCACAAAGCCAUUAAUGUCAAAAACAAGAUGCACAUCAUUGAGGAGAUGGUGCUCUUCCGUGAUUCCCAGCAUGUGCAGCACAUUGAGCUGGACACUGAGAAGGGUCAGCUUUAUGUUUCCACUCUCUCUGAGCUGGUGGAGGUGCCAGUCGCCAACUGCACCAACUACCAGAGCUGCGGGGAGUGCAUCCUCUCCAGGGAUCCAUACUGCGGCUGGAACGGAAGGCAGUGUGUGGAUAUCAGGAGUGCUCCUGCUAACAAGGUAUUGCAGCAGGAUGUCGAUGAAGCGGACACUUCAGCUAUUUGCAACAAGACCCUGCCAAGUCCACGGAUCAUGAAACCUUCACAGACACGGGCGUCAUCGUGCCAGGUGGUCAUCAUCCCAGCCAACACUUUCAAGGUCCUGCCCUGCAAGCUGCGCUCUAAUCUGGCUGAAAGAAGGUGGAAGUUCAGCGAAAGUGCAGGUCACUUUCAUUACCCCAGCCCGGAAGGGGGGCUGGUGGUGGUCGCUCAGGCUGGCAGGCAGGUGACCUACGAGUGCUGGUCGGUGGAGGAAGGCUUCAGACAGCUUCUGGCGAACUACUGCGUGCGGGCCGAGGCCAAGCAGGAGAGCACCACCCUGAAAGGCAGGGUGCAGCUCUCCCAGGAGGUCCUCAUCCUGCCGGGGGACAACCUCUCGCCGCAGAUCAACACCAAGACCUACUGGAACGAGCUGAUUGUGGUGUGCACCCUGCUGGGUUUCUCCAUAGUGGUCUUCUCGCUGUUUGUGGUUUACAGGAACCACGACCACAUGAAGUCCAUGCUCAAGGAAGGAGAAUGCCCAAACAUGCAGCAGAAAAAGCCCCGAAUGGUGGGCGGCAAACCUGCGGAGAACUUGCCGCUCAACGGCAACACAGUUCCGACCUCGGCGUUGGAUCAUAAAGGGUACCAGACCCUUAAUGACAACUACAUCUGCAGCACUCCGCCGCACGAGUGUUCCUCGCCGGACAACAGCAAGAGCCUCUCAGAGACGGAGAAAAGGCCUCUGAACUUAAAGGAGAGCCACGUGGAGAUUUCUCCCACGUGUCCGCGGCCAAGAGUCAGAUUAGGCUCCGAGAUUAAAGACUCCAUAAUCUAAGGCUGGUUUUAUACUACCCAGAUAAACUCAUUAAAAACACAAAAACAAGAGUGCACU